AUGACAGCCUUCAAUCAUUUCUCAGAUGUUUCGGGGCUCAAAGCAAAUGUUGAUAAAAUCUCUCUAUAUGUUGUUGGGGUGUCUAAUGAAUUGAGAACUGGACCUUUGACAGCUAUGCAAUUCCAAUUAGGGGAACUACCAUUUAAAUAUCUGGGUGUGCCCCUAUCCUCCCGGAAACUCAACAUCAGCCAGUGCCUACCAUUGGUGGAUAAAAUCAUUGCUAGAGUUAAAUGUUGCACAUCCAAAUUCCUAUCUUAUGGAGGCAGGUUACAGCUUAUUAAAAGUGUUCUGUUUGAAAUGCAAACAUACUGGGCCCAAGUAUUCUUACUCCCAAAGAAGAUACUCUACUUGAUCACCAGUGUUUGCCGGAAUUUCUUAAGGAUAGGAUCCAAUGAGUACUCCAAGAAAUCCCUUGUAGCGUGGGACACAAUGUGUCAUCCGAGAUCAGCAGGUGGCUUAAACAUUAUCGACUUCUCCUUAUGGAAUAGAGCUGCCAUCUUUAAACUACUUUGGGCAGUGGCAAAAGAAAAACAGCAACUACAGAUGAAAUGGGGGCACGCUUUCUAUAUAAAAGGCAAAGAUUUAUCUCAAAUGCCUUCCCCAAAGCAGGAAAGUUGGGUAGUGAAAAAGGUUUUUGAUGCUAGGAAAUGGUGGAACACAAAUCUCAACUAG